CAGAUUUUAAAGUAAUAUAAUGGACAAUCUAAGGAAGACUUUUGACUCAAGAAAUAGAACAUACUCAGAUAAACUGAAGUUUGAAAUAAAAGCUUUAAACCUACUUACAAGUAAAAUUUUAUCUGAAAUUGAGAAUAGAAAAACACAUAAAUGGAUUUGUAAAACAUCUGAACAUAAUUUGGAAUUAGCUACAGUGAAUGAAUCUAAAAAUAAUGUUAUGACAGACAAAGUAUACAAAACCAUCAACAGGUACCUGAAGGCUCUCAUUCUGUAUGUGAACUGUAAUGAAGAGUUUCAUUACACUUUGCCAGCUAUCAUUAACCCACCAAUGGCCUUCAGCCUAUCAACACUCUGCAACAUGCUCUGGAAAAGAGUUCAGACCCUCAGUAAAAGUCUUGUUGAAAGUAAGGUCUUCCCAACUGGUGAUUCCACAGACUCUGAAAUAGUUUCGGUGUCAUACAAAAGCUCUCAGACAGAAACUUGCUCUCUGGUUUACUGUGAAAGUUGCUGGCUGUCAACAGGAUUAAUCAAGUCCUUGGUUCACUUGAUACUUGAAUUGCAAAAGAAACAUAAUAUAAAAGAAACUCAUGUUUCAAAAGCAAGAGAGAAGAUUAAGCCUGAAGUAUAUGAAAUGAGCCAACUGGGUGUGAUGAACGCGUGGACUGCUGCAAUAAGGGAUGACAUUGAGUGGCUGUUGUCCUUGACAGUGACUAGUCUGAGGAAGUGUAAAGAUAUGUUCACGGAGCAUGAAGUAGAGAGGACACACCAAAGACGAAGAGAAACUGCAUUACAGAAUGACUUGGAGCUAACUCGAAAACAAUUGGAGGCUGAACAAGCUCAAUGUGUGUACCUAAGAGAACAAGUAGAGGGUAUAAAUUUAUCUCUAGCAAGAAAAAUCGAGAAAGAAAAGACCAUUUUAAAGGAUAUGAGCGAAUAUCGGAAUAAGUUUAAAACCUUGGGCAAAUUUUUGAUCUCAAUCAAGGACGGAUGCAGAGAGAUAAAAGAAUUUCAAAAAUAUUUGCAAGCAGAUGCAAUAUCUAAAACCUUGUGUAUGUUAAGAACCAUUACAGAUUUUAAGGAUAAUAUAGCAUUCCAUAUAAGGAAAAUAGAUGACAGUUAUGCAGAAACAUUACAAAGGGAAAGGUUGAAAAGUAAAGAGGCUCAAGAAACUGCAAAAGAAAGAGAAAAUGAGGUUGUGCAACUAAAAACUGAUAUUUUAGAACUUCUUCAAGAACAGCAGGAACUGAGAGAAAGGUUGAGAAUUAUGGCUAUUCAGGAAAAUAAAAAAGAACAAGAACUGAGAAGAAUGCAAUUCAUGGAAAAAGAGUUGAAACAAGUUAUAAAGGAAAGACAAAUGGAAACAAGCACAAAACCCCACGAUGCAUCUCUGUCUGAAAAGACUUUUGGAAUUACAGGAGACCCAGUGACUGAUAUGGAAAACAAGAGGUAUAUGAACAAGCAGAAAAUAAAAAUCUUGUUGCGUGAAAAUACUAGUUUGAAGACAACUAUUUUAAAACUGAAAAAUGUAAAACCUUAAGUUUUAAUAAUGUAUAGUGGUGAUUACUAUGUUAUGUUUAUUAAUUGUUUAUAUAACAUGCUAUGUUAUUCUAUUACUUGAGUGUUGUAAAUUUUGGAUUUAUU